UUGCCCCAAGUAAACUAACCACAGCUUUGAGAACUGAGCUGCAGAGCAGAGUAGAUCAUCUCAGAAACUUGAAGAUGAAGUACUUUCUUCUACCAACUCAUUUAGCAUUUCUUUGUAGCUUUGCACUAAGUAAACCUGUCCAGAUAGCUACAAGAAACAAUUACUUAGGUAGUGAAAUAGCUGUGUAUGAAGGAGAUAUCCUCUUGAAAAGAGGACGACGCAGUGCAAUUAACUGUGAGAGUUGUUUAUGGCCCAAGUCACAAGAUGGACUUGUCAAGGUUCCAAUUAACAUCUCUUCUGAUUUCUCAGUGACAGAGAGGUCCUGGAUUGCUGAUGCUCUGCAAGAGAUUUCCACACUGACCUGUGUGCAGUUUGUAAACCGCACUACAGAAACAGACUAUGUGUAUGUUGAACGUGGGCAGAGCUGCUGGUCUUACUUUGGAAAAAUUGGAGGACGUCAAGCAAUAGGCCUGGUGAAAAAUGGUUGCAUGGAUAAAGGAGCAAUUCAGCAUGAAAUGAACCACGCCCUAGGUUUCAUCCAUGAACAGGCACGCAGUGAUCGAGACAAGUUUGUCAAGAUUAUGUGGGAACACAUUGUAGCAGGGGAACAAGGGAACUUUGGAAAAGUGAAUUCCAAAAAUCUGGACCUUCCCUAUGACUACUCUUCAGUGAUGCACUAUGGCGCGUAUGAUUUCUCCAGCACUCCAGGGAAACCAACUAUUGUACCAGUUCCUGAUGCCUCUAUACCCAUUGGGCAGAGAGAAGGGCUGAGUAACUUGGAUGUAGCUAAAAUCAACAAGCUCUACAAGUGCGAUUGCUGUAGCACUGUGUUGCCUAAAUCCAAAGGCUUGUUCUCCUCUGUUAAUUACCCAUCCCCGUACCCAGACAACAGCAACUGCCUGUGGUUGAUCCGCAUCCGUCGAAGUAAGAUUUUCCUGCAGUUUGAGGCUUUUGAUCUCCAACCCUCCUCAGACUGUUCUUCUGACUAUAUAAAAAUUUACAAUGGAAACAGCAAGAAUUCCCCUGUUUUGCUGGACAAAUACUGUGGGAAGGGGCCACCGCCCUCCCUAGUGGCGUCUGGAUCAACAAUGCUGGUGGAGUUUGCGAGUGAUGAGAGCAUUACAGCCACGGGAUUCAGAGCCUCCUACAACAGGGUGAAUUGUGGAAAUACUUUCACAGACUCAAAUGGAGUCAUCACCUCUCCAAACUACCCCAAUAAAUACCCAAAAAACCAAGCAUGCUUUUGGGUCAUCAGUUCUCCAGUAGGAUACAGGAUAUCUCUCAAAAUGUUAUCCUUUGAGCUGGAAGAUAGUGACAGAUGCAUCUAUGACCACUUGCUCAUUCAUGAUGGAAGCCAAACUACAUCACCUGCAGUUGGCCCUUAUUGUGGGACAGAGAAGGUUGGAGACUUUACUUCCACUGGGAACUUUGUGCUGGUUGAAUUUCACAGUGAUAUAGUUUGGGAAUUGCCUGGAUUUGUGAUGAGUUACACGUUUGGUAGGUACUACUAUACAGAUGGGAGUUGGAAAACACAGAAUGUAAGUAAGAGACCACCUAGCCACAGGUAAAAGUUAAGAUGCACUCAAUUUUGGCAAAAAAUAUAUUCCUCAGCGCCUUUAAAAAAAAAGCUUGAAGCUUGGUCUCUUAGUCUUACAUUUAAAGUAAUCUAAUUUGCAUGGUGAAUUAUGGACAAAAAUGUUCUUGCCUAUGGAAUGCUUCUGUCUGAGACUGUAAGCUUUUUGUUAUAGUAUUCCCAUUGCUGGUGUUGCAUGGUGAAAUACAAUAGCAGAACUGAAACUAUGUAAGCAGAUUUUCAAGAACUAAUAGUAUUUGAAACUGUGCCCGUAUAAAUUUCUGUAUAUGGCUAUGUAGUGACUUUAACCUGUAUCCUGAUAACUGUUAUUACCCAACCUUAAUGUGCAUUCCAGUAUGCAUACACAAAAACCUUCAGAUACAUGUUUAUUUGUACUUUGAAGCCAACCUCACUAACACAGUUCAUAUAGGCACCUUAGCUUAGCCUGGAAAUCACCACUUCACAGCGAAGGUGCAAACCAGGAUGUUUUUAUAGCACCUCAGCUCAAAGAACUGCACUACUCCUCUGUGAGAUGAGCCACGUCAAGGAACAGAUUUAAUUAAUGACUAAGAGUGACAGGAACAAGCAGUGAGGGAGAAGGAACAGAGUGAAGCAUCUCUUAUUGCCAUUUUGCUGUGGCCUGCGUCAGGUAUUGACAUUGUCCACGAGAUGUUACCAAAAUAUAUUUUAACAACAAGGACUGAAAACCUAAUGUAAAGUCCACUGAAUGUGAGUGGAGCCAGUAACUUUGGAGAAUGUGCUAAGUGUGAAGUACCUUGUCUGCAGAGAGAAAUCUUCCACCUCUGACCUCUGAAGAGGAGAAAGCAAUGACCACUCUAGACAGCUCACAGUUCGCUUUGACCUGAUGUAUUUAGAACUAAAUGCCAGUACCAAACUGGAAGAUGCCAAAACGUAAUAAAUAAAGUUCUUGGCCCAGUUAUGCCUUUAUGAAGAAGGGCUUAUAGAAAAUGCCAGUUUGCUUUGCUGAUGCUAGAAAGGCAGACAAUAAAAUUU